UGAGUCCAUAAAUUUAAGGUUAAAAGGAAAUAAUGCACUUCAAUAUUUUUUAACAAAUUUCAAUCAUUCAAUAAGAAAAUUAGAUUUAGACACUUGUUACAAUGGCUGAUUUGGAGAUCGACGAAAGAUUACCAAGAAACAUUGAACCAUCACAUUAUAGAAUUAAACUGAUUCCUGACUUUGAAAAUUUUACAACAACCGGAACCGUGAGAAUCAAAUUGAACGUAAUUGAAACAACUUACACCAUAAUAUUUAACAUAAAUGAAAUAGAAAUUGACGGGUCGUCGUUAAGAGUGACGUCGAUCAGCAACAAUGAACAGGUGCCCAUUGCCAGUCAGGAGUAUCUUGAAGGAUACAGGUACAAGAUCACCUUAGACAAACUGUUGAAGGCCGGUGACGAAUAUAAUUUGGAUAUUAUUUAUAAGGGAGUCCUCAGCAAACAUCUGCAAGGAUUUUAUCGCAUUACUUACGAAAACCAAGAAGGUGUCGUAAAGCGAGGAGCCAGCACUCAAUUCUCGCCGACGGAUGCGAGACGAGCUUUCCCAUGCUUUGAUGAACCGUACUUCAAAGCUCAGUUUACCAUCAGCGUGGCAAGACCGGCCGAUAUGAUGUCUCUUUCAAAUAUGCCCCUGGACAGAACCGAAAUCUUGGUUGGAAGUGAGAAUUGGGUGUGGGACCAUUAUACAACAACACCUAAGAUGUCAACAUACAUAGUCGGAUUUAUAGUCGCCUGCUUGAAAACUAAGUCUCCUAUGAAGAAUCUCGUUCGUGUUUGGUCCAGAGAUAGUUUGGUAGAGGACAGCGAAUUUGCUACCCAAUUGGCUCCCAAGUUGUUGAGUUUUCUAGAAAACUAUUUUGCUAUAAAACUUCCUUUGAGUAAAAUCGACUUCGUCGCAGUACCAGAAUUCGGAUUCAGUGCGAUGGAAAACUGGGGUCUCAUCACGUUCAGGGAGAACGCGUUACUUUCUAAUAAAGUGCACGGUACCGUCGGGGAGAAGAUGAACAUCGCCUUGAUCAUGGGACACGAGAUUGCGCAUCAGUGGUUUGGAAAUUUGGUAACCCCAAUGUCCUGGAACGAUCUGUGGCUGAAAGAGGGAUUCGCCACGUAUUUUGAAUAUUUGUCGGUUGAACAUGUAAUGCCAGUUUGGAACAUAAUGAAUAAUUUUAUCGGGGCGGAAACUUCGAGAGCUUUCGAAGUCGAUGCUUUAAAAUCAGCCAGACCGGUUUCUGCCAAUCUCAUAAACAGCCAACAGAUUAGAGAAACUUUUGACAAUAUUUCUUACGCGAAAGGAGCUUGUUUGGUUAGGAUGAUCCAUCACUUGAUGGGAAGUACUUCCUUUAGAAACGGGCUAAUUAAUCUAUUGGAUAAAUAUCAAUACAGUAACAUCUAUUGCGAUGAUUUGUUCGCGUGUUUGUCAAAGGAAACGAGCAAAGAUGAAACUUUGAAAGAUCUGUCGAUGAAGGACGUUUUGGAUUCUUGGGUCAAACAACCCGGAUUUCCAGUUUUGAAUGCGACGAUGGACUAUGAUAAUUCCACAUUAACUUUGUCUCAAAAAAGGUUCUUCUUCAAUAGUUCUGAAUCGGAUGACUCUUUGUGGUGGAUUCCAGUAUCUGUUGUUACCGAUGAAGAAGAUACUUUUGACUGCACAAGGGCUAAAUUUUGGUUAAAAGGCGAAAGAAAAGCCAAUUACUCAUUGAACGUAAAAGACUGGUAUUUAUUAAAUAUUUACACAACAGGAUAUUACAUUGUGAAUUACGACGAGAAAAACUGGAAUGCCAUAAUAAAUAACAUCACUAAAUUUCCUGAACAGAUAAUAACACAAUUAAUAAAUGACUCCAUGAAUUUGGCAAGAGCAAAUUUGUUAGAUUAUAAAAUUCCUUUUAAUUUAUUGAAAGCAUUAUACGUAAAUAAUUCAAUAAUAAGCUACAGAUACAUUCUAAACAAUAAACUCAAGUUCCUAAAUAAUAUUCUAUUAAAUACUCCUGCUUGUGAUUAUUUAAAAAAUUUCCCAUUUUUGAUUAGGACUAAAUGCACCGAAGUUUCCAACAGGCUAUGUGAGAGUAAUUGUGCAUGUGAAGUGUGUGUUUCCUAUAGAAAAAAAUUAGCAGUACUUGUGGAUGAUGACAAUCCUCGCGUACGGGUUCAAGAUGCAGCUAACGUUUUUAGUUUAUUGGCGUGCGAAAAAACGGACGUAGCUUUAGAAUUCUUACGAAACAACUGGUUCAAAUUACAAGAAAGAUAUGGUAACGGUUUUCGCAUACUCGCCAAAAUGGUAACCUGUAUAUCACCAUAUAUGAACACUAAAGAACAGUUAAACAAGUUUAUGGAAUUUAGAAGAGAUAUUAAGGAUUCUAUGAGCACAACGGUAGAAGCAUUUGAUACAGCUAUUGAAACUAUAACAUCCAAUAUCAAAUGGCUAGAAGAGAACUACCAAGGUAUCGAACGUUGGUUAAUAGAAAACACUAAGGAAGUGGAUAUGAACUUAAUUUGAAACAACUAUAUUUAUUGUUAUUUUUUAUGUCAAAUUAUAUUUUAUUUUUAACUGUU